GUUAUCAAACGCAUCACCGCCUGACCGCUUCCUCUCGAGCGCCCCCUACUGGCCAGAAAUGAUGCUCCUUCUGAUGACGUCACCGGUAGAGUUGUCAUGGCGUCUUUUGGACCGAAUCUGCUGCUGCAAUUUAGCUAGAAUCUGUCGACAGGCGCUAAAUGGAAAUGGAGAAAAAUGCAGACGUGCAUCGAGAGGCCGUCGGCUGCGACAGCAUCGGGGCGGACACCGGCGACGCUCCGGCGGCGGGAGGCGGGACAGGGACGGCGGAGAAACGGCCAAAUAGUGAGGCUCGUCUAAGCACUUUGCUGGGGAACGAUAGCUGUAGUAACAGCGCCGCGGAGGACCCGAGCACCCUUCACGUCAGCCCCGGUGCGGCCAGGUGUGAUUUAGCGCAGGUCCUGGAAGUCCUAGCCGGACCGCAGGCGAGUGAGGACGCCGAGUCGAGCGAGUCGCGCUCCGGGGAGCAGCGGCUCAGUAACGGGAUGGGGUCCGGUCCAGAUAAGGAGGGUGGCGCCUCAAAGUUAGUAAACAACCAAGGUGUGGACGAGAAGGAAAGCCAGCCCACCAAACUUGCCAAACCCACCCGUCUGUGCCCGGCCGGGACCAUCCCGGAGGACCUGAACGCCCCGCACGCCUUAUCCGAGCCGGACGCCAGCCUAGGCGGAUGCGAGUCCCGCAGCCUGGACUCCCUGGAGGACUCCUUCUCCAAGCUAAACUCCUGCCCCAGCUCGGACCUGGAGGAGCGGGGGCUGGCCCUGGCCCUGCACGGCGAGUUCGGCCCGGACGGCACCAAGGCGACGUGCGCCAAGGACCGAGCGGCCGGCCAGUCCAUCUACCACAUCAAGUGGAUCAAGUGGAGGGAGGAGAACACGCCGAUCAUCACCCAGAACGAGAACGGCCCUUGUCCGCUGCUGGCCAUCAUGAACGUGCUCCUGCUCGCCUGGAAGGUUAAGAUGCCCCCCAUGAUGGAGAUUAUUACAGCCGAGCAACUGAUGGAGUAUCUUGGAGACUACAUCCUGGAAACUAAACCUAAAGAGAUCACCGAGGCCCAGCGGCUAAACUAUGAGCAGAACAUGAGCGACGCCAUGGCAGUGUUGCACAAGCUGCAGACGGGCCUGGACGUGAAUGUCAAGUUCACAGGCGUGCGAGUCUUUGAGUACACCCCAGAAUGCAUUGUGUUCGAUCUGCUGGACAUCCCGCUGUACCACGGCUGGCUGGUCGACCCCCAGAUGCAUGAGAUUGUCAAGGCAGUGGGCAACUGCAGCUACAACCAGCUGGUGGAGAAGAUAAUAUCCUGUAAACAGUCAGAAAACAGCGAGCUGGCAGGCGAAGGCAUUGUGGCAGAGCAGUUCCUAAACAGCACAGCAACUCAGCUGACGUACCACGGCCUGUGUGAGCUCACAUCCACCGUGCAGGAGGGGGAACUCUGCGUCUUUUUCAGGAAUAACCACUUCAGCACCAUGAUUAAAUACAAGGGUCAGCUGUACCUGCUGGUGACAGAUCAAGGCUUCCUGACAGAAGAGAAGGUUGUGUGGGAGAGUCUUCACAACGUGGACGGAGAUGGCAAUUUCUGCGAUUCCGAGUUCCGGUUGAGGCCCCCGUCGGACCCGGAGACGGUGUACCGAGGACAGCAGGAUCAGAUAGAUCAGGACUACCUGAUGGCGCUGUCGCUGCAGCAGGAGCAGCAGAGUCAGGACCUCCAGUGGGAGCAGCUCCCCGGCAUCAGCGACCUGGAGCUGGCUAAAAAGCUGCAGGAGGAGGAGGACCGCCGAGCAUCGCAGUACUACCAGGAACAGGAGCAGGAACAGGCGGCUGCGGCGGCACAGGCGCAGGCUCAGCAAGAGGCUGCAGAGGGAGACGAGGCGAACAGAGGGGCUGCGGGAGCCGUCGGUCCAGCAGGUGGCGCCGGGACGGCGGCUGGCCAGGCCGUGGCCAGCCCGGGAAAACAGUCGUCCGGCGGGGAGCGCAAGGCCAAGAAGGAAGCCAAGGAGAAAGACAAAUGCGUCAUUUUGUAACGUCAAGCGAGCGUAUGGCAAUCCGUUGGAGCAUUUAGACCAUAUGCUUGAUAUCAAGCUUAAGGUCCAUGCACUAGUACGCUGUUUGUCCUCACUAGUAAGACAAUUUAGAGCACUGGUACGAUGACUGUGUCUUCUCACUAGUGUUUUUGACACUACUAGUGUCACUUUUGGCCUACUAGUAUGCCAUUAAACCUUACUAGUAAGCUACUGUGCUCCACUAAUACACCACUCGACCCAAAUAGUAGGCAUGUGACACACACUAGUCGCCUACCUACUUUAUCUACCUUAAGGUCCAUGUACUAGUAUGCUCUUUGUCCUCUCUGGUAGGACAACUUUGACAUAUUUGGACAAAUACAGGUUACUAGUGCACACUGCUACUAGUGAAGCGCUGGAUGUUAUCUUGUAGAAUUUUUUUUAAAUUCACUAAUAGUACUAGUAGAGCAUUUAUUCAAGAUCCUUGAUAUCCAGCUUAAGGUCCAUGUACUAGUACGCUCUUUGUCCUCUCUGGUAGGACACCAGUAGGACAACUACAUGUUACUAGUGAGGCAAAAGUUCAGUAGUUUACAUCUGUUUGCUAAUAGUACUACUUGUGAAGUGCUAGAAGUUAACGAGUAUAAUUUUACCGUGUCAUUAGUAGUAACACUAGCACACAGUUGUCAACGAGUGCACCGUUUUGCCUCAUUCGUAACAUGUCCUACUAGUGUGCCGAAGUUAUAGAAGUGAGGACAAAGAGUGUACUAGUACAUGGACAUUAUGCUGGAUAUCAAGGGUUAAGUCGUUAGAGCAUUUAUUCGAUAUCCUUGACAUUGAGCUUAAGGUACUAGUAUGCUCGAAGAAAAUUCAGCGCACUAGUAGAACAACAAGGGUGCACUAGUAGAAUGACUGUGUCUUACUAGUAAAAAAAAGUAAUUGACUACUAGUGUCACUUGGCCUACUAGUAGUAUGACUUUAAAAUGGAUAUCAAAUAAGUGAUCAAACAGCUUUGAUAUCCUUGAUAUUCAGUUUUAAGGUCCAUGGACUAGUAGGACAACUACAUGUUACUAGUGAGGCAAAAACUAGUGAAACUAGUAGAAUUUUAUACUAUCACUAGUAGCACGCAGUUGUGAAACAGCUUGCCAUGAAGACCAUUUAUUUGAUAUAUCCUACUAGCGCGCUUAACAGUCUUACUGGUGAGGACCAGGGGCAUCACUAGGUUUUUACAUUUGGGGUGGCUUAGCCGCCCCCCCCCCCCCCCCCGGAAAAAAUUGCCGGGGGGGGGGGUGAAGCUACCUUAAAAUAGGCCUAGCGACGCCACUGGUGAGGACAAAUAGCUUACUAGUACUUGGCACAAAUGCUCAGUCGGUUCACCUCACGCGCGUGCGUCCAGCGAGGGAAGGAGGAGACGCUCACAAGAGGAAUCGCUUCCCAAACCACUGGUGCCUGCCUGCCCUCCUCCACCGUCAGCGGACAGCAUACGACCCCGCCCACCCCGUGCCCCGCCCCCAGGAUCUCGGGACGAAGUCAGCCAAACUUUGUUACGACUUGCACACUGCGCUACAUUUGUCUUCUAUCCUUUUGCGCAAAAGGCAUCAUCUCCGGAAACUAAACGUUACUCAUGUUGGAACCUUUUCAUUCGUUAUUUGUUUAGUAUGUGUUACAGCUGCUUCUUAUAAGGAAGCUGUUGAUGUUAACAUUUCAUUAGUUUGAUUUUACGCUGGAAGGUAAGGAAAGCCGUGUCAGCAUUUAUUCCAUAUUCCUGAUAUCCACCCUGCAAAAACUCAAAUUCUUUCCAAGAAUAUUUGUCUUAUUUCUCAUCAAAACUAAUUAAAAUAGGAUGCAUCACGUAUAAAGUAACUUGUUUUUGGACAAUUUUCACUUGUUCACUUGCUAAUUUUUAUGUAAAAUAAGUAGAAAUAAGUAAAUAGUCAAAUUAGAAUGAGUUUCGAGACUUUUGACUAGAAACAAGACAAAUUUGAUUAUGAGUUUUUGCAGUGUAGGACUAUGCACUAGUACACUCUUUGUCCUCACUAGAGACAAUUCAGCGCACUAGUAGGACUGUCUUACUCUGAACGUUUUUUUUCUCCACCAUUAUUAGUCACUUUUGGGUUACUAGUACAGUGGGCUAUUGGGUGUGGAUCGUCAGUUACAGCUUUUUUUUCUUGGCCUAAAUACAACCAUACAGUACAACAUUGUUGUUUUAUAGUUUAAUUUGUGGCCUAAAACACACAGUACAGUACAAAAUUAUUGUAAGUAAAUAUUAAAAAAAAAAAAACUUUUACAAACUUACCUCCUGUGGGCCUGCUGUGCUCGCUAGCAUGCUAGCUCGCGCUAGCAAACUAGCCCACUCCAUUCCAUCCGAUAGCCGUUAAAUUGAGGUUCCAUUCAAUCGAGGUUUCACCGUAUGCAAUUAAACCUGGCUGGUAAACUACUGUGCUGCCCUAGUAACACUACUCGGCCCAACUAGUAGGCAUGUGUCAUCAUUAGUAGCCUCAUAGCACUAAAAUGCGCAAUUGUAGUUUUGCCUCACUUGUGGCACGUAGUUGUCCUAAUAGUGUGCAGAAAACUCAUACAGUACUGGAAGGGAGUAGUGGGGGAAAAAACAUUACUAGUAAGACGCAGUUGUUCCUCUAGUGUGCUGAAUUGUCUUGAGCAUUCAGUCAAUAUCAAGGACAUUCAAUUUAAGGUCCAUGUACUAGUAUGUUUUGUCAUCACUAGUCGGACAACUACAUCUUUCUAGUGAAACAAAACUGUGCACUAGUAGUUGACAGCUGUGUGAUACUAGUACUACUAGUGAAUCACUAAAUGGUAUCUUGUUGAAUUGCACAACUAUCAAGGAUUGAGCAUUUAUUCAAUAUCCUUGAUGUCCAGUUUAAGGGCGAUGUACUAGUAUGCUCUUUGUCCUCACCAGUAAGCCAAUUCAGUGCACUGGUAGGACAACUGUCUUACUAGUAAUGUUCUGUACAGUAGUAGGACAACUCUGGCGUACAAAUAGUACAACUACAUGUUAGUAGUGAGGCAAAAUUGCCUGCUACUAGAAGUGCUACUGACUAUAUAAUUGUACAAGUUAACAUCUAAUGCUAGUAGCGCACAAAUGACAACUAGUGCACAGCUUUACCUCAGUAGUAAUGUAGUUGUCCUUACGGUAUGCAGAAAUUUCAUACAAUAGUGGAAGGAAGUUGUAGAAAAAAGGUUACAAGACAAAAAACAUUGCUCGGUAGAGACAAGCGUUCUACUAGUGGACUGAAUUGUCUUAGUAGUGAGGACAAAGCGUGUACUAGUACAUGGACCUUAAAUUGGAUAUCAAGGAUAUAGAAAAAAUGACUUUCCAAGGGAUUAUUCUCCACUAAUGACUACUGGGCCACAUGGAAAAGAAAAGAAAAGAAAACAAUACUAUAAUAGAAUUCAUUGAAUUACAAGAAUAAAAUUCCGAAGAAUGAAGUCAAAAGAUAUAAGAAAAGAAGAGAUGCAAUUUUAUGAGAAUACAGUUGAAAUAUUACUAGAAUAAAGAGAAUAUUUUACCUGAAGAAAAUUACAGAAUAAAGUUAUAUGAAGAAAAUGACAGAAUAAAGUUAUAUUAAUGAAUACAUUUGUUUUUAAAAAAGCACUCAUUUUAGGAGAAUUCAGUUGUCGUAUUACAUGCACUUGUGCUAUGUUUAAAUUUGGAAAUGUUACAUUACAAUUUUUUUUCCAAUUCUCGCAUUUCGACUUCUUUUUUUGUAAAUUAGGACAUUGCUGUUACAACUGCAAAAUGUUCAAAACAAUUACCACUUGUAACAUAACCACAUGAUUAUGACUUUAUUCUCGUAAAAUGACGUCUUUAUUCUUGCAACAUUCUGACUUUUGUCCUGUAACGUGUCAACUUUAUUUCAGUAACAUUAUGAUAAUAUGGUGUAGUAAUACUAAUAUAACGCCCUAGUCUUCUCAAUUUUAUCCUCGUAAUAGUUUUUUUGCGAUAUCACAACUGUAUUGUAACAUUACAUUUUUGUAACAUUAUGACUUGUAAUAUUAUGCCCUCGUCACUACUUUUGUUAUAUUUGUGAUAUUCCAAUUUUAUUGUCGUAAGGUUACAACUUUAGUAAUUUUACAAUUUUUUUCUUUUAACUUUACAACUUUAUUCUCAUAUUAUUACGACUAUUGUUUUAAAAUUGACUUUGUAAAAUGACGACUUUUUUGUGACAUUACUUUCAUAAUGACUUUCUUGGAGCAUUACAACUGUAUUUACGUAACACUAUAUUCUUGUAAUAUUUUUUCCUAUUAUAAAAUAUUUAUUAUAUUUUGACUUUAUUGUUGUAACAUUACAACUUUAUUCUUCUAAUUGAAAAAAAUAUUCUUAUACCAUUCCAGACUUUAUUCUCGUAUUAGAACAACUUUAUUCUUGUAACAUUACGACUUUAGUAAUGUUCCGACUUCAGUCACAUAAUUUUAGUUCGUUAAGACUUUAUUUUUGUCACAUUACGACUUUUUUCUUAUUACAGCUCCAUUCUUUCACUAUUCUGCCCUACUCUUGUAAGAUGUUAACUUUAGUUAUUUAUUUUUUUUCCUGAUAACUGUACAGACUUUAAUCUCGUAUUAGUACCAACUUAAGUCUUGUAACAUUAUGAAUUUGUACAACUUUAUUCAUGUAAUUUUACAACUUCGUUCUCGUAACAUAAGGACUAUAUUUUUGCAACAUUGCAACUUUAUUCUAAUAGUUUUACAUUUUUCUUCCUUGUAACAGUGCGACUUAAUGCUCGUAACGUUCCAACUUUAGUCACGCAUUUUCUCGACUUCAUUCAUGAUGACUUUUUCUUCCAACUCUCUUGUACUAUUACACCCUUGUAAUUAUGUCAACUUUACUCUUGUAAUAUUGCAACUUUCUUCUUGUAACAAACUUUUUUCUUAUAAUUUUACUUUUUUUUUUCUUGUAAUAUUAGGACUUUAUUCUGGUAACAUUACAACUAUAUGCUCCGGACGUUCCAACUUCAUUCACAUAUUUUUAUGACAGUAUUCUUGUCAUGUUACGACUUUUUCCUUAACAUUACGACUCCAUUCUUGUACUAUUACACCUGCUCUUAUAACGUCAAUUUUACUCGAACAACUUUAUUCUCAUAAUUUUACAAUUUUUUGUUUUAUAAAAAUACAAACUUCUUGGAAUAUAAUGCUUUAUUGUAACAUUACAGCUCUAUUUUCAUGAGUGUGUUAAAUCCAGCGCUAUAUGUGGAGUAACUCUACGAGGAGGCGGAUUAGACCCGUUUUUGGUAAUUUCGUGGAUUUAUGUACAUCGGCACAUUUAAAAAGGGGACAUCUGCACUGGUGUGGGCGUGGUCACAGCCAACUUCAACCCUGUCUAAUCGAAGCGGGUCCUUUUAUUCCUUUUAAAUCCGUCGCAAUAGUCUUGCAAAUCGCGUUAGACCACGUCUGCUGAAACUUAAGACGACAUCCCAGUAAGCGGAAGUUUAGAUGGACUUUAUGACAAAAAUCAAGUGAGGCCAGUUUUUACGCUCGGCCGCAGUUGCGCCGUCUACGAAAAUGGAGCCCAAUGACUAUGCUCGUAGCGUUACAACUUUUUUGUCGAGUAUAUUUUGGUAAAAUUAUGACUUCAUUCUUGCAACUUUACAGGGUUUUCUCGUUAUUUAGAAUUUUUUUUUUCUUCUCCGUGUGAGCCCAAAUCCUCUUUUAAUUUCUCCUGUUUGUGUGUGUUGGUCAGUAUACAGUAUACAGUAUACAGUAUAGUGCUUUUUGUGUGCCCACUGAAGAGGUUCUGGUUACCUGAUGCCACAGCACUAUACUGCAGCGGCGUAAACAUUGUUCAUCACAGUUUGGCCUUACUAGAGCGUGUGCGUUGUUGCGGUCUGCUCACUUUGAAUGUGGGUCCUCGUGUAGUAUUCAACCAGUUUGGAGAACGACCAGACAUUUUACACUACACUAGUUCUGGACUUUUACCUUGAUGGAUGUUUUUCUAAAGGUCUGUGUUGGCACAACUGGAGAGGAUUGAAUGAACACGAUUGUCCCAUUGGAAAGCCCUUUAAGCAUUUAUUCCAUAUUCAUAAAAUCCGUGCACUAGUAUACAGUUUGACCUCACUACUAAGAUAAUUCAGCAUACUAGUAGAAUAGUAUCAAUAUUACUAUACAUAUAAUUUUAUAAUGCCACUAGUGGCACACAGUUGUCAACUAGUGCACAGUUUUGCCUCACUAGUAACAUGUGUUUGUCAUCCUCAUGCAUACAUGCCAGAGUUGUCCGACUAGUGAUGAAUGAGUAAAGACAGUCUACUAGUGUGCUUAACUGUCUUACUAGUGAGGACAAAGAGUACUAGUACGUGGACCUUAAGCUGAAUAUCAAGGAUAUUGAACAAAUGCUCAAUCCUUGAUGUGUGACAUCUUUUGUGAAUAAUUUUCCGAGUAGUGUACAUCUAGCGCUUCCUUAGUAGUACUAGUAGCAGCAGAUGUCAAUUAGUGCACAGUUUUGCCUUACUAGUGACAUGUAGUUGUCCUAUUAGUAUGCCAAACUUGUCCUACUAGUGUGCAGAAAGGUUACAGUAAUGGAGUAGUGUGACAUGUCUGCACACUACUAGGACAACUUUGGCAUACUAGUAGGUCAAAUACUUUUAGUGAGCAUUUUGGUGCUACUAGUAGGGUCCAGGAGGCUACAAGUGGGUGACACAUGCCUACUAGUUGGGCCUAGUAGUGUUUCCAAAAGAGGCAUUAGUAGUAGAAAAAACAUUACUAGUCAGACACAGUGGUUUUCCAGUGGAAGGUACUAGUGCAUUGAACUUAAGCUGGAUAUACGGAGUAAAUGCUCAAACGCCUUUCCAUACAGAUGCGCUUUGUUGAUAUUUGUCAAGUGCAUCUGUAAGCGGACGCUCCUGACAGCUUUUUGUAUCGCAACAUUCCAGUGGGAUGCCUUCACUCGAACCUUCUCACAUGAGCGAGGAGGAGGAGGAGGAGGAGGAGGAGGAGGAGGAGGAGGAGGAGGAGGGAGACGGGCGGGGGACACUGUGGAACAACGGCGUGCGCUUUAGUAACAUAUUCAUCAGGUCGCCACCGGAGGGCAACGCGGAGGCGACAGGCUACCUACUGAGAGAGGAAACUCCUUUCCGAAGCUUUUUUUUUUUUUUUUUUAAUGUACAAGGCGCCUUACCACGUUUUCUAGGACAAAUCCAGGCCUAUGAGCCGUGUGAGACAAUCCGCCAACAUCCCAACUACUCAGGCUCUUUUGUGAAGGGACAUACUAUUCUAGCUCUUUUUCAAGCUUUGUAUGGGCGCACUUCCUCGGGCCUGCAGUUACAUGUAGAACUAUCUGCACACACACACACACACACUAACAAAAUGAAGGACGCUUUAUUUGUGGACUUCACUUGAGACAAAAGCUGCUCUUGCAUGCGGACAACCUACAAGUACAGUGAACCCCCCCCCCCACACACACACACACAUUGUCGUACAUUCCCGUUUAUCGCUGUAGAAUUCACCGAUUCACUGUUUGUGUGCUCAGGCCAAAUCAAAGUGUUGCUUCUGCGGCAACUUGUGGCAUCUUGGUGCCAAAGAACUAUGUUGAAAUAAGUUGAGGAGCUUCAUAUAGUGCUUUGUGUCAUGGAACUAUGUUGAAGUGAGCUGAGGCGCUUCAUGUAGUGCUUUGGCGCCAGUGAACUACAGGUAUGUAGAAGUGAGUUAAAGAGCUUCAUAUAGGUCUUUGGCACCAUCUUAGUGCCAAGGAACAAUGUUGAAGUGAGUUGAGGAGCUUCAUUUAAAGAAAAGUAGUGCUUUGCCGCCAUCUCAUAGCAUCUUGGUACGAAGGAACUACAUUGAAGUGAGCUAAGGAUUUUCAUGAAGUGCUGAGGAAUGUUGAACUGAGUCUAGGAGCUUCAUGUAGUGUUUGCCACCAUCUUGCCGCAUUCUGGUACCAAGGAACUAUGUUAAAAUGAGAUGCAUAGCUUCAAGUAGUGCUUAGGCACCAUCUUGGUGCCAAGAAACUAUGUUGAAGUUACUUGAAGAGCUUCAUGUAGUGCUUGCCACCAUAUUGGUGCCGAGGAAUUAUGCUGAAGUGACUCGAGGGGCUUCAGUAGUAGUGCUUUGCCGGCAUUUUGUGGCAUCGUUUGUGAAUUGUAAACCUUUUGUGGAGGGAGUGUACAUUACUCGCGGAUUGAAAAGCGGGGGUUCACUGUAAAUGAAUACAUGCUUCCGUUCAACAGGGUUCAGCAACAUUUCCAGUGAAUACAAAAAGUCAACAUCCCUCUGUAGAAUGAAACUUCAUAUAUCUCAAUCUCAGUUGUGAAAAAAAAUGAUAAGAAUGACAUGUAUAAUUCAGUUGAAAAACAAUAUUUUAUUGGGGAAAUUUUUUACAGGGGGGGUAGUUUUUGAAUUUUUAUUCAUCUACUAAUAAUAAAUUUGAGGGGGCUCUUGGUUUCACAUUAUUAUCCUGGUGACACAUUUUGCAAAUGACAUUGAGAGGAGUUUGAAUUGUUUUGGAUAAGUGGGCAGAGCCUUUUUCUUAUUUAUUUUUAGUUUUGUUGCCAUCCCAGUCAUCAUCUCCAGAAUUUCAUUGUGAAGAUAAGUUACUUUGAUGGGAAGGACAUAUUGUGUGUCAACGUGGUUUUUCAUUUGCCUUGUAAAAAGAAAUAAUAAUAAUAAUAAUGAGGUAAAUGCUGUAAAAUGGGUAUUUGGACAUGUUGGAACCUAAUAAUAGUAGUGGUGUUCAUUUUUGAUAUGCACUAACAGCAAAGCAACAUACCUCAUUUUGUAUGGAUCGUAACAAGUGUGCAAAGGGCACUGUUGUUCUCUUGAUGGGUACCUUAAAAAGAAAAAAGAAAAAAAAGACUAAUGGCCAAAAGAGUUAUCGAAACUUGGUAGCAAUCUUAAGCCAGCUGAACUCGUAUUAAUUUAUUAACAAAACAAAAAAAAGGGCUGUUUUAACAUUGUGGCUGUUGACGACUAUUGCAAAUUGCUAUGUUCAGGUUAGUUUAAACGCACCUCCAGGGGAGUCGCAGCUUUGUGUUGCAUGUCAAGUGUUGACAGAAAUGCUUCACUGUUCUCAUUUCCACCCAGAUUCUUUUCUUUUUCCUCUGUCGGACCCCUUCGGACAUUUUGCAGCAAACAUGCUCGUCGACACGGGACUCAUUUGUGCUAAUUUCAUUUAUUUACAUCAAUGACCAAAUAAUGUAUGUAGCCUUUCACAUGAUGUAUAUGGUGAUAUAAAUAUAUAUAUUUAACUAAAUGCCUUAUAGACGAGGGACAGUCAACCUGAUUAGAAUUGCCAAUAAAAGACCAAUCAUUACUUCA